AUGACCGCUGUAAAGGACGACCUGCCCUCCAACAGCGCGACAGGAAAAGACGAAACACCUGUUUUAGUGGUGACUGCGAUCAUGACGCUCAUCGCAACGGUGUUCAUCGCCCUCAGGCUAUAUGGGUGUGUUUUCCUAUUGCGCCGACGUCUCUAUUUGGAAGAGUGGCUCUGCGUGAUCAACCAGAUCGAUCUAUGGUUGACAGCGGCAUUCGUCAUCAACUUGUACACUACAACAGAAGUCGGGCUACACUGGGCAACACUAUCUGACGCUGAACGGACCAAGGCCGUUUUCUGGCAUAAUGUCCUUACUGCACCGUCCGUGCUGGGUCUUGGCCUCCCAAAGCUGACCGUUGUGAGCCUUUUGACUCGACUGUUUCGACCUGGAGAUCUGCACCAGACCAUUCUUUGGGUUUUGGCUAUCCUAUGUGUCGUGAACUUUGUUGUUGUUAUUCUACUAGCUUGGCUGCCCUGCCGUCCUAUAUCUGCAGGGUGGGAUGUGAGCAUAACAGCUAAAAAAUGUCUUGACUCCUGGAUCUACGUCAGGUUCUGCUACUAUGCUACGACUUUCUCGGCUGCCCUAGAUCUCUACUUCGCAUUGUAUCCAGGUUUCGUUUUCCGCAGGCUUAGCUGGGACAUCCAAAAGAAGUUGAUGUUAUCCGUUGUGAUGGGACUUGGAAUCUGCGCUACCGCAGUGGCGGCAUAUAAGAUAACAACUCUUGAAGUGUUGACAUUCACGAAGGACUUCACCUAUCACGUCUCGACAGCUAUCAUUCCCACAGUGGUUGAGGCGAAUACCAUUAUGAUUGCCGCCUGCAUAUCGACGUUGCACCCUGUCUACGAGCUUGUAAGCAAGAAAUUCAGGCGUCAGACGCUGGUCGGAGAAGGUGACGGCGUGCAACACCGGCAGAGUAAUGCGGACGAUAGCCGACCCGGUGCAAAGCGGGGGUUCUGGUCGAUGUUGAUGGAAAGAGAUGUAUGGACCGAAGUUACCACAGCCACACAACCGAGCCAGAACCUAAGCCAGAGGGGGCCAGUACCAACUUCCGAAAACGAAGAAACGAUUGCCAGGGCUACACGCACGCUAGAAGACGCUCUAGACACCCAGAGACUCGAUCAUCAACUGAUGCGUGAGGCGGACACAGACACAGCGCCUGUUAAGCUCUAUCACGCAGCACUGGGUCCAUAUUCCGGCUGUUGA